CGGUAUAUAUAACCGAGCGAGAUGGUCAGGAGGUCUCUGGCAGCCAAAAUGAAGCCUCUGCUGUCUGCAUGUUGCUUUCUGUCUCUCCUGGCCCUGUCUUCUGCAGAGUCCUCCGUCCACGAUGAGGAGGUUAUGGUGCAUCAUCUGCAUCUCCAGCAGCCAGAAGGAGACCACUUCUCCUGCAACUGUGAUGCAGAGGAGAAGCCAGCCGGCCAGACUUCGUCUAACGAUACCCCGGCACCGGAGAGACCGAUGUGUCAGCCCUGCAAACCCACUGUAGCUUCUGCAGAAGAGUCUGCUGUCCCCUUUGGGGAGAAUGAAGGGGACAGAGAGCCUGCACCUGAACAUGACCGUUCUACUGAAGUGACUACAACUGAAGGAGAGGAGGUGAUAGAGAAGAGUGGAGAGGUGACAUCAGAGGAGCAGGAGUCUGUGGAGGAGUCGUUGGGGGAUAACAAUAUGAAGAAUCAAGUGUUUGAAGCAGCCGAACUAACCAAAAAUAAAGAGGAGGAGGAGACCUUAAUAGAGGCUGAAGACGAGGAGACCUUAAAAGAGGCUGAAGAGGAGGAGACUUUAAAAGAGACUGAAGAGGAGGAGAAGACCUUAACAGGGGCUGAGGAGGAGAACUUAACAGAGGCUGAGGAGGAGGAGACUUUAACACAGACUGAAGAGGAGGAGAAGACAUUAAUAGAGGCUGUAGAGGAGGAGGUGACCUUAACAGAGGCUGUAGAGGAGGAGACUUUAACACAGAUUGAAGAGGAGGGGAAGACAUUAAUAGAGGCUGUAGAGGAGGAGGUGACCUUAACAGAGGCUGCAGAGGAGGAGGAGGAGACCCUAACAGAGGCUGAAGAGGAGGAGGUCUUAGCAGAGGCUGAGGAGGAGGUGAAUCAACCUGAGACAGGCGAGUCAAAAGAAAUCCAGGAACUGUUACAGGUCGAUGAAGAACACGAGAGUCAAAAAGCUGAAGAAGAAGAACAGGAAUCGGAUCAAGAUGAAGAGGUAGUUGAGGAGUUAGAAAAUGGAGAGCCACAAGAGCAAACAGGUAUGGGACCAGAUAAGGAAACAGCAGAAGAAUUAAACUUCAAUCCGGAGCAGGAACCAGAAGCAGCAGAAGCUGACAUAGAUGUAAAUAUAGAACCAGAGGAGAUUCUUCAGCCGGAACCUGAUGUACAGAGCAAGCAAGCGGCAACUACAGAAAGGCCGGCACAGUCUCCAAUCAAAGGUGAAGCUUCAGGCUCCGCCCUUAGAGAUCGUUCCCACAUAGAGAACAUGCUGGAAGUGGCAACCGAACCCUCGACAGAGGUGUCUGGUGCUAUAAAGAAGCUGCUGAACAUUUACCACAAGGCCAUCAAACCAAUGGAAGAUGCUUUCAAGUACAAUGAGCUCAGGCAGCAUGAAGUCACAGAUGGUGAGAUCACAUCCAAGCCCAUGGUUCUGUUCUUGGGACCCUGGAGUGUUGGCAAGUCUUCCAUGAUCAACUACCUGCUGGGUCUCCAUGGCACAAGCCAAGAACUCUACACAGGUGCUGAGCCAACCACAUCCGAGUACACCGUCAUAAUGCACGGGGACAAGUUUCGAACCAUAGAGGGCAUCGUGAUGGCAGCAGACAGCUCCCGCUCCUUCUCUCCCCUGGAGAAAUUUGGUCAGGGUUUUCUGGAGCGAUUUGUUGGAAUAGAGAUGUCCCACAAGCUGCUGGAGAGGGUCACGUUCGUCGACACGCCGGGCAUCAUUGAAAACCGCAAACAGCAAGAAAGAGGGUACCCGUACAAUGAGGUGUGCCAGUGGUUCAUCGACCGGGCGGACUUGAUCUUCCUGGUGUUCGACCCCACCAAGCUUGAUGUGGGCGGGGAACUGGAGAUGCUCUUCAGGCAGAUGAAGGGCCGUGAAUCCCAGAUUCGUCUCAUCCUCAACAAAGCCGACAGUCUCUCCACGCAGGACCUGAUGAGGGUGUAUGGGGCUUUGUUUUGGAGCAUGGCACCUCUCAUCAACGUUACAGAGCCUCCUCGCGUGUACGUCAGCUCCUUCUGGCCUUUGGAUUAUGCUGUUGACACCAGCAGAGAUCUCUUUAUGAAGGAGGAGAUCUCCCUGUUGGAGGACCUUAACCAGGUGAUUGAAAAUCAAAUAGAAAACAAAAUUGCCUUCAUCCGUCAACACGCCAUCCGUGUGCGAAUCCACGCCCUGCUGGUUGAUCGCUACCUCCAGACCUACCAUGAGAAGCUGGGCUGGUUUGAUGACCCUCAUGAGGUUUUCCAGGACAUUGUCAAUGACCCAGACAAGUAUUACAUCUUCAAGUCCAUCCUCGCCAAAACCAACGUCAGUAAAUUUGACCUUCCAGACAAGGAGGCCUACCAGGACUUUUUUGGAGUUAACCCAGUGUCUAACUUCAAGCAGCUGUCCCAGCACUGCAGCUGGGCUGGAGGCUGUCUGCUGGAGAAGAUAGAGAGAGCCAUCUCACAGGAGCUUCCAGCUCUGCUCAGCAGCGUCAGCAAAAACUCUGACACUCCUGCUCCUGCCAAGGCGUCCCCAUCGCCGCCACCGCCGCUCCCCGGUACAUGCCAGGGUCCAGAGUGUGAAGAAAGACCCAAGAAUCGCUGGAGAAGGCAGUGAUGCUCUGCAGAAGGCUAAAAGGGAAGGGAGGAUAGAAAGAAGCCAAGAGGUCAAAUCAGGGUCAGCUUAAAGUGACCGAAAAACAGAUUGAAAACUUGAAAAAUAGACAUUGUAACUGAAAAUGUUUUGAAAAUUUGAAAGGAAGACAUUGUAAAUUAAAAAAAAAUGUAAAAAAAAUUGUUUUGAAAAUUUGAAAAAACAAAAAACUUGAAAUAAAUCUUGAGAAAUUUGAAAAAAAAUGAACACAGCAGAAAAAACCAACAAGUCAAUUGAAACUGUAAACUGAGGACUGAAAGUGGAUUCAUAAAGUAAAUAAAUAAAAAAA